AUGAAACGUUGGCAAUUUGCCGUCUUGUGCGCCCUCUUGGCUCUUUCAGCUCACUCGGUAAGAAACUCUUCCGCUUUACAAGAUAUAGAAAAACAAAUAAACAAGACGGUUAUCUGUGAAAAUAUAACUGAAAUACAACUGAAGACAAGUUUUGAGAGUUAACUUGUAUUUUAGUAGUAGAGAUUAGAUAGUAAACCUUUUUAGUCAAAGUAUAAGCGGGUUUUGAUUAAAAAAUUUAGAAAAGAGAAAAAUAUUUUCGAAUAAACAAUGUGACAUUUCGUUUGCAGCGGAAAAACAAAUCGAUUUUUCAAUGUUUUAGGUACAAAAAUGACUCAAUAAAUGGAAUAAAAUUGAAACAAAAAAAAUUUCAUACUACUUUCCGUACUAUUUAUUCCUUCUUUUAGAUACUCUAAGAUACAAUAAUACAAAAUUACGUUUUCAGGGUCCAGUAGAACGUGCCCGCCGUCAACUAGGCGGAGGAUGUGGCCAACAACAACAGCAAUGCUGCUGCCAACCCGUACAACAACAACCACAGUGCAUGUGUAUGCCCGUCCAACAAGACCCAUGUUGCCAACAACAGCAACAACAACCACAAUGCCAGUGCAUGCCUGUACAACAACAACCACAAUGCCAAUGCAUGCCGGUUCAGCAGCAACCACAAUGUGUCUGUGUGCCAGUACAACAGGACCCAUGCUGUCAGCAAGACCAACAACAGAACUGUCCUCAAUGUCUCCAGGUAACCAUCCAGGCCAAACUUGAACCCCAACAACAACAGCAACAAAACCCAUGUUGUCCACAGCCUCAACAGAACCCAUGCUGCCCACAGCCUCAACAACAACAACCACAAUGUGUCUGUAUGCCAGUCCAGCAAGAUCCAUGUUGCCAACAACAACAGCAACAACCCCAAUGUCAAUGCAUGCCAGUUCAGCAAGACCCAUGCUGUCAACAGCAACAACAACAACCUCAAUGCCAGUGUAUGCCUGUGCAACAGGAUCCAUGUUGCCAGCAACAACAACAGCAGCCUCAGUGUCAAUGUAUGCCAGUACAACAAGAUCCUUGCUGCCAACAACAGCAACAACAACCUCAAUGUCAGUGCAUGCCAGUCCAACAGCAACAGAACCCAUGUUGCACGCAACCUCAGCAACAGCAGCCUCAGUGUGUGUGUACUCCAGUACAGCAAGAUCCCUGCUGUCAGCAACAACAGCAACAACCACAAUGUGUCUGCACUCCAGUGCAACAGGACCCAUGCUGCCAACAACAACAGGCUCCUCCUCAGCCACAAUGUGUUUGUACGCCAGGUAAGGGUAAUAGUAUUGCCGUACUAACUCUUACAUUGCACUAAUACUAAAGAUUUUUAUUUUUUUCUAAAUUCAAAAAAGUUCGCCAUAAUUAAUUUUUCCAAAAAUGAAAAACUUCAGUCCAACAAGACCCCUGCUGCCAGCAACAACAACAGCCUCAAGGUCUGACAAUCCAGUCCAUCACUAUUCAAUGUACUCCAGGCCAACAAAACUGCCCUCCAAUGCCUCAGGUAAUGCAAUGCCAACAAGCUCAAUGCCAAUGCCCACCACAGUACGUGCAAUGCGCUGCCAAACAGUGCUGUCUACGCUACAGAUACAUGUCUCGUCGUGCUAAACGCGCCUUCGAAAAGCGAUUUUUGGCUAAACGUGCUUAA